AAGCAAGUAGCCACCAUUUUUCUCUUUCUUCAAUUUCGAUACAAACGAGACCAACCAACCCCAACAGGCCAAAUUUAUAGGCGAUUUUUCCAAUCUCUCUCUCCAUUCAUACUCUUUUCUCCAUCGCAUUGCCUCAAACUCCCCUGCCUCUCUCUUCGAGCUUUUUGCUACGAUGGCGCAAGUGGUGGCGACGCGGUCGAUCCAUGCUUCAUUGCUGCCCAAUCCUAACUCUAGCUCUCCACAGAGCUGCGCGGAGAAGCUGAAACCGGGCUGCGCCUUCAAAGCGAAGGUUUUGGCUCAAACUGAGAGGAGGAACCGUCGCGGAGCCGUGCAUGUCAGUUCCCCGGUCGUGGCCAGGAGAUCUGCCACGGAAGUGAUUCCGGUGUCUCCUCAAGACCUAACCAAGGCUGCAGUGCAAAAUCAGUAUUCUCAGCUGAUUCCCCAACUCGGUGACACAUCUGUGGGAGUGUGGUCUAAGCCCAUGGUUAGACGCAAGACAAAGAUUGUUUGCACAAUUGGCCCCUCGACUGACACUAAGGAAAUGAUAUGGAAGCUGGCUGAGGCUGGUAUGAAUGUUGCUCGUCUUAAUAUGUCCCAUGGAGACCAUGCAUCACACCAGAAAGUCAUUGAUUUGGUUAAAGAAUAUAAUUCCCAAGUGAAGGACAAUGUUAUUGCCAUCAUGCUUGACACCAAGGGUCCUGAGGUUAGAAGUGGUGAUUUACCCCAACCAAUUAAUUUAGUGCCGGGUCAGGAAUUUACAUUUACAAUUCAAAGAGGAGUUGGGACUGCAGAUUGUGUUAGUGUCAACUAUGAUGAUUUUGUUAAUGAUGUAGAAGAUGGGGACAUGCUUCUCGUUGAUGGUGGUAUGAUGUCAUUCUUAGUGAAAUCGAAAACUGAAGAUUCAGUGAAAUGUGAAGUCGUCGAUGGAGGAGAACUUAAAUCUCGGCGACAUCUUAAUGUUCGGGGAAAAAGCGCAACACUUCCAUCCAUUACUGACAAAGACUGGGAUGAUAUUAAAUUUGGAGUCGACAACAAAGUUGACUUUUAUGCUGUGUCGUUUGUCAAGGAUGCUGCUGUGGUCCAUGAACUAAAGAACUAUCUCAAAGAUGCUGGUGCAGACAUUCACGUCAUUGUGAAAAUUGAAAGUGCAGAUUCCAUUCCAAACUUACAUUCAAUCAUAACUGCAUCCGAUGGGGCUAUGGUUGCUAGAGGAGAUCUUGGUGCUGAGUUGCCAAUUGAAGAAGUCCCUUUAUUGCAGGAAGAAAUUAUAAGGAUCUGUCAAAGUAUGGGAAAAGCAGUCAUAGUGGCAACAAAUAUGCUUGAAAGCAUGAUUGUACAUCCUACUCCUACACGAGCAGAGGUUUCAGAUAUCGCUAUUGCAGUUAGGGAAGGUGCCGAUGCAGUUAUGCUUUCAGGAGAAACUGCGCAUGGGAAGUUCCCUCUAAAAGCUGUCAAGGUCAUGCACACAGUCUCGUUGAGGACUGAGGCUACUAUAGUUGGUGCACAAACUCCUCCAAAUCUAGGAUUAGCCUUCAAGAAUCAUAUGAGCGAAAUGUUUGCAUUCCAUGCGACGAUGAUGGCAAACACACUCGGAACUUCAAUUGUUGUCUUCACUAGGACAGGCUUCAUGGCAGUUCUACUUAGCCAUUACCGGCCUUCUGGCACAAUAUAUGCUUUCACAAAUGAUAAGAGAAUACAACAGAGAUUGGCUUUGUACCAGGGGGUUUGCCCCAUACACAUAGACUUCUUGGAAGAUGCUGAUGAGACAUUUGCAAAUGCAUUGGAUUUACUGCAGAAGCAAGGAAUGGUGAAACGAGGUGAGGAGAUUGCUCUUGUACAAAGUGGGAAACAGCCGAUCUGGCGGUUCCAGUCCACCCAUAAUAUUCAAGUUAGGAAGGUGUAGUGAGGAAAGGGGAGAUUGAAGAUUCAUCUUAGCAAGGAUCCAACUGGAGGAAUCACCGUUCCACGGGUAACCUUGAUGAAGCAACUGCUAUUCAGCUAGGUCAUAUCGUUGGGGGUUUAUAUUUCUAUUUUCAUGUGACUUUAAGCUGGGAAAUUAGACUUGUUAUCUGUAUUACUAUUGUAGCAGUGAAGAGUUGCAGGAAGUUUUUCUCACUCUGUAUCUGUUCAAUCAAUGAUUUAGUUGUCCGUUUGUCGAA